UUGAGAGAUACAAGGAUAUGGGAGAAUCCAAGUGUUCGAUGGCAUAUCUCGUAGCUACUGUUUUGGUGGCACUUUUGAGUUUUACGUCGGUGAUCGCUAUUGAUUAUAGCUACUCUUCUCCACCGCCUCCUUACUAUGUGUAUAAAUCUCCUCCUCCGCCGGUUUAUCAUUCACCCCCGCCACCGAAGGUAAAAUAUGAGUACAAAUCGCCACCUCCUCCAGUUUAUUACUCUCCUCCGCCUCCGGUUUAUCACUCUCCACCGCCUCCUGUUUACCACUCUCCUCCCCCACCUGUCUAUCACUCGUCCCCUCCUCCUGUUUAUUAUUCUCCACCACCAAAGAAAGAGUAUAAAUCGCCACCACCUCCAGUUUAUUACUCUCCUCCACCACCGGUUUACAAGUCACCGCCACCUCCAGUCUACCACUCUCCACCACCUCCAGUCUACCACUCUCCACCACCUCCAGUUUAUCACUCUCCUCCACCACCGAUUUACAAGUCACCGCCACCUCUAGUUUACCAUUCUCCUCCUCCACCUGUUUAUCACUCCCCUCCGCCACCAAUUUACAAGUCACCGCCACCUCCAGUCUACCAUUCUCCUCCUCCACAAGUUUACAAAUCACCACCACCUCCAGUUUACUACUCUCCUCCUCCACCAGUUUACAAGUCACCGCCUCCUCCAGUUUAUUACUCUCCUCCUCCACCAGUUUACAAGUCACCGCCUCCUCCAGUUUACCAUUCUCCUCCCCCACCCGUUUAUCACUCACCACCACCUCCAGUUUAUUACUCUCCUCCACCACCAGUUUAUAAGUCACCGCCUCCUCCAAUUUACCAUUCUCCUCCCCCACCUGUUUAUCACUCUCCACCUCCUCCCGUUUAUUAUUCUCCACCUCCACCAAAGGUGUACAAAUCACCACCUCCACCUGUAUACUACUCUCCUCCCCCACCCGUUUACAAGUCUCCUCCACCACCUAAGAAGGACUACGAGUACAAGUCUCCACCUCCUCCUCAAUACUAUUAGAUGCACGAACAUUUUACUAUUCCAUUGAGGGAAACAAAGAGAAUAUUAGUAUCAAAUAAAAGAGAUGGCCGAGUGAAGACGAUCCCUACACACAAAUCAUAGUCUCUGACUAAUUUACUACGUGUGAUAUAUGUUUGUUUCCAUAUUUAGUUUUUACGGUGUAUUCAAUAUUCUCGAUUAUAAUGAAGAUACUAAAAUUUUUAAU